AUGUAUCACAUGUACCCUUUGGCAAAAGGAGACCCACUGUGUCCUUUGGGGUUCCAUCCACAAGUGAGAUGGCCUACCAGAUGCAAAAGAUGUUUCAGAGAUUAUAAGGAGCAUGGUGGGAAGAAAAGAGAUAGCGAGUCGAAUUUACACAAGGAUGCAUCGACUUUAUCAACUCCAAGUUUAUCCCUGAAUUCCAGAGAGGGAGAAGGAAACAAAAGGAUUUGGGUAUCAAGCACAAACCUAACAGCCGAAGAAGCGAAUCAGGCUAGCAAUGACUACAACACUCCUUCCUCCUGGACUUCUACAAAGGAUUUAGCGAACAUAGAAGAUGAUACACAACCAGUUACAACUGUCAACUUACUACUACCAAAAAGAAAAAUAAAACCGUUAGACACAGGCCAAAAAACCGUUUCAGGUAGUUUUUCUCUGUCGAAAUCCAAACAAUCAUCAGUAUUCAACAAAAGUGACAGUCUGGCUAUUCGGGCGAAAAAACUCCAAAGUAUCAAGGAAUCAACGUUGGAAAGAGGAAAACGAAUACAGAUCAAAGAAGUAAAAACGAUAUCCGAUGAACCCAAUAAUCACGAUGUACAAUUUCUCAUUCAAGUAAAAUCAAAACCAAAUAAUAAGGACCACGCACAAGACCAGCAUUCAGAUGACGACAAUAUCAGCCUUGCAGGGACAGAAACAACAGACACAACUCUGGUUGAUGCCCAAGACAGUGAACUCAGAGAACAAUUAGAAAGCCUCAAGAAAGAACUAGACAUAACGAAAAUGAAAUGCGAGAGGCUAGAGAGAGACAAAAGUGAUAUUCUCUUGAGAAGGCUAGCAGCCAUGGAAACAACAACCAGUAAAACGACAGCGUCAGAAGCACUCAAGCUACAGCAAAAAUGCAAUGAGCUACAGCAGCAGUUGGAAGACUACAGAGAUGACAAAAAGAGCUUGACACUGAAGGUGAGAGAGCUUGAACAUGAUCUGGACCAGCGACCCACGCCGCAAGAAGCACAGAAAAUCACUGAUGAUCUCAGGUCCAAGCUCUUAGCAGCCGAAACGUUGUGCGAGGAACUGAUGGACGAAAAUGAAGACAUCAAGAAAGAACUGAGAGACAUGGAAGAACAAAUGGAUGAGCUGCAAGAUAACUUCAGAGAGGACCAAGCUGUUGAGUAUACUUCAAUCAAGAAGGAUCUUGACCAGACAACGAAAAAUUGUCGAAUAUUAUCGUUCAAACUGAGGAAAGCAGAGAGAAAAUCUACUCAAUUAGAGUUCGAGAAAGCGGAGUUGGAAAAGAAGUUGAAGGAUAUUUCAGGCAGUGGUACAACGCUGAAUCAAAUAGAAAAAAUAAAACAGCUUGAGCAGGAGCUGAAAGUAGCAAAUGAGGUUUCUCUAAGGUUGCAGAAAGAACUAGACGAAGCAAAGCUGAAAAUUUCUGAAGCUGAGGACAGUAAAGGACCAAAUAAGAAGAAAGCUCCACUUCUUGGUUCCAUUGGGAAAAGCCCUUCAGCAGACGGAAAAAAAGUGUCACGGGAAUCUCUUACCCGAGGAGGUUCACAAGAUGACCCAGUACAGCUGCUGAGAGAUUUGCAAGAUUCGUUAGAGAGAGAAGCUGAUCUCAGGGAACAACUGAAGUUUGCUGAGGAAGAGGCACAGACUUUACAAAAGAAAGUUUCGAGAAUUGAAGAUGAUAACGAGUCGUUGGUUUUACAACUAAAGAAAAUGGCUUCCCGUGCCAGAACUCGGAAACUGAGCCCGACCAACCAACGACUAACACCGGAACCUCCACAUGAGAAGGGCGACUUUUCAGAUGAUGAUGACCCCGCAGAAAUGAAGCUGCAGCUAGAACUCAGCGAGCAGGAGGCAUCAGUACUUAGACAUAAAGUCGAGGAGCUCGAAGGAGAGAAUCACAAACUGAAAGCGAAGAUCAAAGAUCUACAAGACCGCAGCAAUACCAGGAGCAGUACGAAGAGAUCGCUACUGUCCAGUGAUAAAAGCAAAGAAAACUCGUUGCUGAAUCAAAAAUUGAAGGUUUUGGAGGAUGAAACGAAUGACAUUAGAAAGAAACUCAUAGAAAAGGAAAGGGACUGCGAAAGAUUACAUGCUGAACUUAGUCUCACCCAGAAAAGAUCCAAAGGAAUGCAAAAAAGCAAGUCCCUCGACUUGGACCAACAAACUUUGGAUCUCAGGAGGCAACUGCAAGUUAUAGACCAAGAGGCGUCAGUAUUGAGAAACAAGAUUCAAUCUUUGGAGACUGAAAACGAAAAACUCAGUGCUGAGAAUAAGAAACUCAACUUGCUGAAAAGUACCAAGACUUUGAGAGCUGACAAAAAUAUGGAUAGAUAUAUUGAUCAAAUAGCUUCACUGGAAAUUGAACUGAAGGAGAGGAAUGAUAAAAUAAAAGAACUUGAAGAGCUCUUGGAUAACUCUGAUAAAUCUGGAAAUUACACAGAUGCAAAGAGUGACUAUAAAAAAUUCAGUCAAAGAACACCGAAGAGAAUCACAGCUCUAACAUCACGAGAUCAGAUGAAGGCCAUGGUAAGUGAUUUGGAAAAAGAAAUAGCAGAAAUGCUUCUUGUGAUAAAAACUAAUGACAAUGCAAAAAUCAAAUCGGAAGAAGAGGUUCACAAUAAGGUGAAAAAAAUUAUGAAAGAACUUGAAGAGAUGAACAAGAAAUAUAAUGUUGUUAAGAAAGAACUUGAGGAAGAAAAAUGUAAUAGUGACAAAGCUAGUAAAACAACUGAAGAAGUAAACAAGGAAUUGAGCAAAAUUGAAGAGCAAUUGAAGAAUAUUUCCAGUGAGAACAGCACGCUGCAAGCAGAAAUAGAAAAAACACGAAAGGAGAAGACAAAAAUUAUUAAAGAUAAGAAAACUUUAGAUGACGAAAUAUCUAAACUUAAAGCUGAUUUAAAGGCUUCUACUUCAAAGCAGAAUGAAAUGGAUGCUUUGAUCCAAAAGGUUGAUUCCUUAAAAUUAUCGUUAGAGAAAAAAGAAAAAGAAAUUUCGAAAUUGGAACUCGACAUCACCAAGGUGUCUAAUGAGAAUUCCGAGAAAGUAAGAAGAAUUUCAGAAUUAGAAUCACAAUUGACUAUAUUUGAAAAUAGAUGUAACGAAUGUGAUAAAAAGUUGCAGGAACAGAACAGAACUUUCGAAACCAAGAUUGACAUUGAGAAGCAAAAAAUUAAAGUACUACAAUCUGAUCAAUCUAAAUGGGAGGAAGAAAGAAAAAUACUCAAUUCCCAACUGGACAAUCUUGCUAUGAAGAUUGAUGGUUUAGAAAAUACAAUCAAACAGAAAGAUAAAUUAGUUAAGCAAUUGGAAAUCAAUUUAGAUAAAGAAAGAGAAGUUGUGUCGAAGACAAACUUGAAAGCUAGUGAAAUUGAAAGCAGAGAAAUAAGUAAGUUGAAAAAUGAACUGACCAAGGGCAAUGUCCAGGUUUCAGAGAUUGAAUCUAAAUUAGAAAUUGCCAACAAGUCUUGCAAAACUGCAGAAGAUAAGUUGUCAAAAAUCCAGAUGGAAAUCAAUAAUAUUAAAUCAGAGAAGGAGAAGAAGGUGAAACAAAUGGAAAUAGAUCUCCAGAAUGAGAAGAAGAAGCUGGAUAUCCUCAGAUCGAACAACGAAAAAGAGCAAAAAAAUAGGGAACUUGAAUUGACUGUGCUGAGAGAGAAAAUAAAGAAACUAGAACAAAAUGGCACAGGCUCACCAGAAGUCAAACAGCUUCAGAAGUCUAUUACCGAACUAGAAACUACCAUCAUAAAAGAGAGGCGCAAAUAUGACGAAUUGACCGCAAAAUACGAAAUACUAGAAGAAGAGCAUGUAAUAACCAAAGCAAAACUGGUAAUGGAAAGAGAAACUGUGGAAUCACAAAAUAAGGCUUUAAAACGAGAAAUAGAACAGAUAGAAGGAGAACUUAAAACAGUUAGAGAUACGUAUAACAUAAAACAUGACACAUGGAUAAAAGAAAAACUUGAAAUGGAAGCAAGAUUGAAAGAACUAUUCAAAUCCUCAAGUAAUGGAAGUGACUCGGACAGACAACGACUGAGGGCCCUAUUAGAAGAAAAACAGUCAGAGUACGACCAAAUAAAAAAAGAACAUGACAACUUCCAUGACCAAGUAGAUUUCAUGAGAAAAGAAAAUGAAGACCUUCGAAGAAAAUUAGAUGACUAUGAAAAAGUUAACAAAAUCCAAAGGAAUAUUAGUGCAGAUUCCAGUGCGAUGGAGAAAGAGAUGAAACAACUAAGAAUGAAGGUGAACACUUUAGAGAAAAACAAAAAGUCUGAUUUAGCAGAGCUGAAGAUGCGAUAUGAAAGUCAAAUAAAUGUAAUGAAUGGAGAAUUACAGUCCCUACAGAACCAAGUGGUUAGGUUCAAAAGAGAAAAAGACACUUAUAAACACAUGUUGGAAACUGCACAAAAAACUAUCGGAGAGCUCAAGCAAUCUCCUAGACUAGCAAGAAAAGGUCCUAAAAAUGUUGCCUAUGAUGAGCUGGAAGAAUCAAAAUCUAAGGUAGCUACUCUGGAACAACAAAUAAGCUGUAUGGAAGACGAAUUGUCAGAGGCCAGACUAGAAUGCUCAAGACUUAAGACUGAGUUGGUAUCGGAAAGAUCGUCCUGGGAAAUUAAACUAUCUGAGCUACACUCCAAAGUAAACGAAUUAGAAGAAGAAAAGGUGCUAAACAGUGGCAGAACGAAAAUAGUAGGUCUCAGAACCAAGAUGGAACUAGCAUGGCAAAAAGAGAGGGAGGAGCAACAGAGGCUCCUUCAAGAAACUGCAACACUAGCAAGAGAUUUAAGGCAAACUCUUUUCGAGGUCGAGAGAGAACGAGAUAAGGAAAAAUUAGAAGCUAAACGAAAGCAGGACCAACUCAAAAAAACUGCAGACGAAGAACAAGAUGAAAAUAAGAAAAAACUCACGGAGUUACAGUGCGAUCUACUGGAACUGAGAGAUGCUCACGCGAAACUGAGAACUACCAAUGAAAAACUCAGAAGAGAAAGAGAGAGGUAUGAUAAAGAACGGGAAGAAAACAGGUUGAUGAUCAACGGCAAGAAGCGUAUAAACCAAGAAGACGACCGAAAAAUAAACGCUUUGGUUGAGCAAAUGGACACUCUUAAACAACUAGCCCCCGAACUGUUUUUCUCAAAAGAUAACGAAGCCCCUUAUACCCCUACCCCUCCAAGAAGGACGAAGUCAAAAUCAAGAGAAACGUCUCCAGCCCUAGAAAGAAGAGAAACAUCCGUAGGACCAGAAGAAAAACAGCAGCAAAUACAGUACAUAAUGCAGAGACUCGUUCAUACAACUGAAGACCUGCGUAAAUUCCAAAAACUCUCUGAAAAUGACAUCGAAAGAGAAAGGUUGAGGCGAAUGGGAGUUAGAAGAGCUACAUCUACAGAACACGAUAAUGGGGAGUCAAGAUAUCGGCAACCAUACCUCAAAAAACCUUCGAUACCAACUCAUGGUAGUCUCAAGAGGAAAAGUAUUUCUUUGGAACACACCAUUCAGGCCGAACAAAAUAUUUGGACCAAUGACAACAGUAUGUCUAGCCUGAAUUCUCUGGAAUUGCAUUCAGAUAUUGAGAACAGUAGAUCUCGUAUUGAUGUCAGUUUAGAUAGUCGAUUGUCUAAUGAGUCGACGCAAAGUGAGAUUGGGGAAAAGAAGAAAAAGAAGAGUUUCAUGGGGAAAUUGAAGAAGUUGACUAAGUCCAGAAGCAUUGAUGACCAGGACCCUGGAACUUUCUCACCAACAAGAAAUCUUUCAUCAAAGACAAAUUCCCAAGCAGAAAGUGUUGAGGACACAAGAGGAAGUAAAAAAGAUUUGAAAGAAAGAAUAACAGGGAUAUUCAAAAAAUCAGGAUCAUCCUCUAGAAGUAAUAGUGUUGAAAGGAGGUAUGAGACUAGUUCAACACAAAGACCACUUAUAAGAAAUGGAAGUAAUGGCCAUUUAACAUCAAGUGAUCUGGAAAAUUCUCAUUCAAGAUCAAAGAAGAGCUGA